AGAGAAAGAGAUAAGCGGGAAGAUGGCAAACCAUCAAGAGACGGUAGCAGACUCGUCCAUGGUUGAGUUAUCUCAGAUGAUGAGGAGCGGGGAUGGAGAAGGUGUUGGAGUUGAGAAGGAGAGAGUGGAGUCAGCCGUGGAGUCCAAGGAGGAAGGAUUGAAGGAGAUGCUGCAAAGGGCAGAUGAUCUGAGGCUGAAAACACUGAAAGCUGUGAUUGACAUGUCGAGUCCAAUCCAGGGUGUGCAUUUUCUGAUAGCUGCUGCUGAGCUGCAUCUAACGAUUCAUGACAAUCAUCAUAAUCGUAACAAUAAUACUGCUACAGCAAACCCAAUAGCACCGGCAACCAAAGUGGCAAAAACUAGAGUGAGCUAGCUAGCUGCUUUUUCUCCUUCAUC